UUCCAGCAAAGCGCACCCGCCGAGCAGGGAUGAGUCACAGGCGCCCUCGCACGGAGUCCCUUAGGUGAGGGACUGCCUCGGCUCUGGGAACACGCAGGUGCUCGCGCUCGCUCCCAGAAGGGGCCCGGCAGGGCGCUGGAGCCCUCGGUCGGCCGGUCUGGUCUCGGGGGCCAGGGCUGGGUGUCCUCAUGUAUGGCAAGAGCCUUUCGCGUGCUGCGCUGCUCCUCCUUGGCAUUCAGCUCGCAGCUCUUCGGCCUAUUGCAGCUGUGGAGAUUUACACCUCCCGAGUGCUGGAGGCUGUUAACGGGACAGAUGUUCGAUUAAAAUGCACUUUUUCCAGCUUUGCCCCUGUGGGCGAUGCUCUGACAGUGACCUGGAAUUUCCGUCCCCAAGACGGGGGGUCUGAACAGUUUGUGUUCUACUACCACAUAGAUCCCUUCAAACCCAUGAGUGGGCGGUUCAAGGACCGGGUCGUCUGGGACGGGAACCCCGAGCGCUAUGAUGCCUCCAUCAUCCUCUGGAAGCUGCAGUUCGAUGACAAUGGGACAUACACCUGCCAGGUGAAGAACCCGCCUGAUGUGGAUGGGCUGAUAGGGGAGAUCCGGCUCAGCGUGGUGCAGACUGUGCGCUUCUCUGAGAUCUACUUCCUGGCUCUGGCCAUUGGCUUGGCCUGCGUACUGAUGGUCAUAAUAGUAAUUGUGGUGGUCCUCUUUCAGCAUUUCCGCAAAAGGCGAUGGGCCGAGAGAGCUCACAAAGUGGUGGAGAUAAAAUCAAAAGAAGAAGAAAGACUCAACCAAGAGAAAAAGGUUGCUGACUAUUUAGAAGACACAGACUGACAUUCUUAGAUGGAAGCUGAAGAUUUCCAAGAAGCCUAGGAUAAGUUGAAGUCAACGGAAGCGUUUCUUUGGCUCUUUUCAGUUGUGACCUGUCUUCCAACCAGCCCUGCAGUACAUAACCACCAAAAAUAAGCAAUAUCCCUCUGGGGCCAGCACAGGGCCCUCCUUGAGCAGAUACCACCAGAAAACACAGCCCCAUUACUAAGGAUUCAUUUACUUAUAGAAUGCAAAUAUUUUUCAAAUUUAGAGUGCAAAUAAUUUCAAAUGAGCUUUUGUAUACUAUGAAGCAACAUUUUUGUCCUUAAAUAUCCCUUUGUGAAUGACUUAUAUACAUUAUUGGCAGCAAAUGGGAUGAAGUCCACUUGUCUAUCACAACAUUUCCUUUAACAUAUUAGUUUUUUUAGAGCCACACUCUUGCUACUACAGGUAAUGUGUUUACUUUUCCCUUCUCACACGGCUAAUUCUACCAGCUGUUUUUGAUGAACAGGAAAUCCUGUACUUAAACUGUUCAAGAGCAGUUUGAUUUUUAUGGCUCUCCUUAAAUCUGGGACACAACUUAUUUUAUUAAAUUUCUUUCAAUAUCCUA